AACAAUACAAAUCUCGACGUCUUUUUUAUAAUUAGUUAUUAUUUUUUUGUAAUAAUUAAAUUAUUACUUAAUAAUAGUUAUAAUAAUUAGUUAAAUGUGUGAAUGAUUUAGCCGUAAAUCUAAAGCACUUUUUUUGUAAUAAUAAACACGUUUUGUGUGUUAAGUGCGAGACAUAUAUAACACCCCAAUUGUAUCGUGUAUUUCAUUUAAUUUGUUUUUAUAUAUCAAUUAAUAAUUAGUUUUGUAAUAAUUUAGUGCGAAUUCUGUCUCAAAGCGUUGUUUUAAAUGCAAGUAUCGUUGAAAAGAGUUGUUUCGUUGGCCUAAAGAUCGCUAAAGAAAUUGGUUGUCGUCAUAGAAGAUGGUGAGCGGAAUGGACGCCAAUAAUUCCGCUAACAAUGAUGGACUGAAUACGGACGCCGUGAGCGCGCCGUCGCCCCAAUCGGUGGGCCGGGAGUUUGUGCGCCAGUACUACACCAUUCUCAAUAUGAAGCCUAAUCUGUUGCACAGAUUCUAUUCGGAGGACUCAUACUUCGUGAACGGGGCUCUCGACCGGCCGGGAGAGGUAUCGGUGCCCGUCUUCGGUCAGGAGAACAUCAAUAAGAAGAUAAUGUCGCUUAACUUCAAGGACUGUCACGCGAAGAUCAGACAAGUGGACGCCAUGGAGACCAUUGGCAAAGGUGUUGUCAUUCAGGUGUCCGGCGAGCUGUCCAAUGACGGCCAACCGAUGCGCAAGUUCUUGCAGACGUUUGUAUUGGCGCCGCAAUCGUCCACAAAGUAUUACGUGAAGAACGAU